CUCCCACGCCCCAGCAGCGCGCUCACUGUGUGAUAGUGGCAGUAUAAAGUAUAUCUUCCAUCGGAGAGCGAUAAGAAGCGCCAGGCUCGAGGGGAUGAAGAUGGCGGACGCCAAGCAGAAGAGGAACGAGCAGCUGAAGAGGUGGAUAGGGUCGGAGACGGACCUCGAGCCGACCGUGCUGAAGAAGAAUAAGACGAAGGUGAAGUUCGACGAUGGCGCCGUGUUUCUGGCCGCCUGCUCGAGCGGCGACACGGAGGAGGUGCUGCGAAUGCUCGACCGUGGCGCGGACAUCAACUACGCUAACGUGGACGGUCUCACCGCCCUGCACCAGGCCUGCAUAGAUGAUAAUGUGGACAUGGUGACCUUCCUGGUGGAGCACGGUGCUUGCAUCAACCAGCCCGACAAUGAGGGCUGGAUCCCCCUUCACGCCGCUGCCUCCUGCGGAUACAUUGACAUCGCUGAGUAUCUUAUCAGUCAAGGUGCAAAUGUCAGUGUAGUAAACAGUGAGGGAGAAACACCAUUGGAUAUCGCCGAGGAGGGGGCCAUGGAGGAGCUUCUGCAAAACGAGAUCAACCGGCAAGGCAUUGAUAUCGAGGCGGCCAGGAAAGAGGAGGAGCGGAUCAUGCUGCGGGAUGCACGACAGUGGCUUAACAGCGGCCAGAUCAAUGACGUUCGGCACACUAAGUCUGGGGGGACCGCACUGCACGUCGCUGCAGCCAAGGGAUACACUGAGGUUUUAAAGCUUUUAAUUCAAGCAGGGUAUGAUGUAAAUAUUAAAGACUUUGAUGGCUGGAGUCCGCUCCAUGCUGCUUCACACUGGGGAAAAGAAGAGGCUUGCCGGAUACUGGUAGAGAAUCUGUGUGAUAUGGACGUCCUCAAUAAAGUGGGUCAGACGGCGUUUGAUGUAGCUGAUGAAGAUAUAUUGGGUUAUUUAGAAGAGCUGCAAAAGAAACAGAAUCUGCUUCAGAGUGAAAAGAAGGAUGUUAAGAAUUCGCCUUUGAUUGAAACCACCACCACUGGGGACAAUAAUCAAUCUGUGAAAUCACUGAAGAGUAGUAAAGAAACGCUUCUGGAGCCAGAGAAGACUGCCCCUCCAAUCGAGGCUCUGGAGCCAGAAAAGGUGGAUGAAGAAGAGGGUGAGGGAAAGAAAGAUGAGUCCAGCUGCUCUAGUGAGGAAGAGGAGGAGGAAGACUCAGAGUCUGAAAACGAAGCAGAUAAGACAAAGUCUUCUGUACCGACGAGCAAUUCCAACAGUGCACCCACACCUGCUAGUGUCACCGUCAUGUCUCCAACUACCCCAACCAACCAGGUGACCACCCCCACCUCACCUACCAAAAAGUCUGAUAACUUUUCUGACCUUGUGCCUGGGGGGGAGCCAGGCUUUCCUGCGUUGUGGCGUCAAGGCUUGCGCAAAACUGGCAUUUCACUUGUGCCCAAAAAAGUGAUGGUAAGCAUACCUGCAGAUAAGAUGUCUCCUAAAGAGGAGGAUAGGAAGGAUGAAUCUCCUGCCUCAUGGCGACUGGGCCUUCGGAAAACUGGGAGUUAUGGAGCACUGGCAGAAAUCAGCACAACUAAAGAGUCGCAGAAAGUGAAGGAUACCGCCGGCGUGAUGCGCUCGGCAUCUUCUCCUCGCCUUUCAUCCUCACUGGACAACAAGGACAAAGAAAAGAAGGAGGAGAAGACGCGUUUGGUUGCACCCAUCCCGAGGAGACACGUUAGCACAUCAGACAUCGACGACAAAGAAAACGGGGAUUCAGCUGCUAGUCUGCUACGUUGCAGCUCCUACACCAGGAGGCGCUAUGAAGAUGAUCUGAAGAACAGCGAUGGAACGGGCUUGCUAAACCGAACCUCCAGCUAUCAGCGCAGUACGUCUCACACGCUAGCAUUAGGCCGCACGUCUAGCUCUCGCGACCUGCCUGCCAAAUCGCCUUCUGCCUCCAGUCUGGAACCUAACAACUCUAAAGCCUGGCAGCAGCCUUCUUCCUACUACCAGGCUUACAGCAUUCACCACAGUAGCUCCUAUGGAAGGAGGCAUGACGAUGCUUUAAGUUCCACCUCCUCCACGACGACGACAACCUCCACCUCCUCUGUAACCUCACCCACAGGACACCGCAGCCUGUUGUCCAGAUAUUGGGCAGAGGAGAGUGCGGACAAGGAGAAAGAGAAGGAGUCUGCCACAAUCCUCCCCACAAUCAACACUGCAGCCACCACCACUACCACCUCCACUACUGGAACUGUACUGGGCUCUGAUGGACGAGAAAGACGCAGAUCAUACCUCACCCCUGUGCGUGACGAAGAGUCCGAGUCUCAGAGGAAAGCUAGAUCCAAACAGGCGCGGCAGUCCAGGAGGUCCACACAGGGUGUGACCCUGACUGAUCUCCAAGAGGCAAAGAAGACCAUCAGUCACCCUCGCCCCACGCGGCCUCGAGAAGACGAGAAGGAAGAAAAGGAGAAACAGGAUAAAGAGAAACAGGAGGAGAAGAAAGAGACUGAGACCAAGGAGGAUGACUACAGGUCACGAUACCGCAGCUUUGAGGAGAAGUAUCGUAGCACUUCCUCCUUAACAUCCACCACCACGGCUUCCUCCACCCUGCCCUCCUCCUCGACCAGCAGCACCUCUUCUCUCUACAGCACCUCCUCUGUGAACAGGCCCAACAGCCUAACUGGCCUUACCUCCACCUACAGCCUCUCCACACGUGACAUUGAAAGAGGGUCUGAUAAAAUAGAAAAGGAUGAGGACAAGGACGGAGAGGACAAGUCUCAACCUCGCUCCAUACGAGACCGCAGACGACCACGAGAGAAAAGACGUUCCACUGGAGUAUCCUUCUGGACCCAGGAUAGUGACGAGAAUGAUCCGGAUCAGCCGUCAGAUUCAGAAGAUGGCAGCACUAAAGGAGAGUCACAGAGCGACAGACUAUCCAGGAAUGACCCUGUCUCUACUAGCACUUACGACCGCUAUGAGAGCCGUCGGCCGUACUUGCGUCUCGACAGAGAUGACACCACUGACUAUAAAAAGCUUUAUGAGCAGAUCUUAGCUGAGAACGAAAAGUUGAAAGCUCAGUUACGUGAUACAGAACUGGAGCUGUCUGACCUGAAGCUGCAGUUGGAGAAGGCCACACAGAGGCAGGAGCGCUUUGCUGACCGAUCACAGCUGGAAAUGGAGAAAAGGGUAAAAGAAAGAAGAGCUCUGGAAAGGAAGAUCUCUGAGAUGGAGGAGGAACUGAAGAAUCUUCCUCAGGUAAAGCAGAUACAAUCUCUGCGUCAGUAUAACGAGCGUUUGCAGGCAGAGAACAGGGCGCUGGCCCGCGUGCUCUCCAAACUCUCGCAGGGCUGCAGCCACCUGCCUGCCGCAGACCUGUAGACCCGCCCCCACCUCCCCUUGCAUCCCUCCUCAUGCUCCAUUCAUCUCCACCUACGGCCAUAUAAGACGCUACCAGACUUGAAAGCAGACAACCAGAGACUAAAGGACGAAAACGGUGCGCUGAUCCGAGUUAUUAGCAAGCUUUCCAAAUAGAAAAGAAGCUCUCCAGUUGCACAUCUAGAUAUUAAUACGAGACAACAGCAACAAGAAGGCUCCGUCGCAACUUCUGUUUCUCAGUCCCUCGCUUUUCCACGCUUCUCUGCUCCAUCGAACGCCUGACGGCCCACACAGAACCACUGCGUUUACAGAACUAAGGAAAAGCGCUAGACGAGUGAAUGGCAUUGAACCUUUGCUGGCGGUGAAUGCCUGAAAAAACUAUUUAACCAAUAAGCCUUAGUUGUACAUACGUCACUUGCAUCAAUUUCUCUUGGCUGUCACGGAACACCUGAUUUUAUUUGUGCCACACUUUUUUUUUGUUGUUGCUCUGCUCUUUAAUCUCUCUUCCUGUAUAGAUGUGGUAUACAAUGUGCAGCUCUCGCCCUCUAUUUCCUACUUCCUGACCGACCUCCCCAUUGCGCUCGAAGUCCGGCUCCCGAGUCGGAGGCACUGUCUCUCAGCAGAAGACUUCCCAGCAUUCAAUGUUGGCGCACAAAUCCCAUUUACUCUCCUCUCGUGCACGCGCACACACACUAUACACUUUCGUCUCGCUCGGCGUCUCAGUCCGAGCGAGUCAAUGGACUUCUGGCUCUACAGAACAGGUGGACCUUGUGGAAUCUAAGCUUUCACUUGUAUGUGCAAUAUACGCAUUUAUUUCUUCUAAAAAUGCUUUAAGAAUGAGUCCAUCACUAGUAAAUGUUCACUUCCUGACCACUUCCAUGGCUCACCCCGAUUUCCUUCCUUUCCCUUCUCCUUUUCUCCCGUUUCUUUAAGUUUGUUGUGUAGUCGUUGGUUUAUAUCUUGUAUUCCUCACGUUGUUUUAGCAGGUACUGAGUGAAGUUGUAUAUACCUGUAUGUAUUGUUUGAGACGGCACAUGGCAUGCGUUUAUGGUUACCUGUCUGUUACUAUUGAAAUAUACCAACUCCAGAGGACAACAAAGUGUGUUUUAACAAUUUUCUUCUUUUAUAGUCUAAAUAGUCAUUGAAUAACAAUAGAGCCCCGCCCUCUUGGAAGGGACGGUGCCGCAGGUGUUCAGUGCAUUCUUUUCAGUUUUAAAAGUGUUCACGGUAAUUGUGCGAUGAUGAUAAUAAUAUAAUUGUUUCACUACAUUUCACUCAUUUUAUUCAGUAUCUUUGGAAGAGUGCUGUUCAUCCCCCCCUCCCCCCACUUUUUUGUCCCCCUCUUUUUUUUUUCUUUUUUUUAAGCUGUAGUAUUAGCCAAGGUGUUGUCACUAAAAGAAAAGCCUAGAUAUUGCUAACCCAGUCCUUUUUACAAUGUCUACAUGCACUGUCAAUGCCAUGUCAGGAGUCGUGCUGUCCGGUUUAGCGAACUUUUUUGCCACCACGUAAGAUGAAGUCCAAGCACCUGAAACAUGUUUUAUGCAUUUCAGUGGCCUUUUUAAUUAAAAUACUGUAGUCGGGGGAAAAAAAAAAAAAGAUGUCGCUGUAGUUGGACUGUCAGCAGUCUCCUCUUUGGUUUAGGUUUUAAAUUGAUUUGUUUUGUUUUCCUUUUUAAACUUCCCAUCAUCUUGUACAAUAGAUGUGUGGCUUCAUCCGUGCAAGCUGUGCUGUGACUACCAAACCACUGAGAGUUCAUUAAAAUAAACUUGUACAUUGUAAAAAUC